CCAACCAUACAGACAGUCACCUGUUCUGAUAGAUGAUGUUACCAAAGCAAGGUCAUCUAAUAUAGGAGUGGCCAACAUCCUCCCCUCCCCAACCCAUCCUCCCUUAGAAAAGAGAGAAAAUGUGCAAGCUCUGCUUACACCCAGUUUCCUUCCAUUCAAUCAGGCGAUCCUUGAGAGCAGACGGACAGGUCGGGCUGUUUAUGAAGAGCCUGCAGGAUGGGAGGAUGAAGGAGGAUGUCAGCCACUCUACCCAUUAUAAGCCUUCGCCGUCUAUUGCAUAUUCGCUGCACGUCAAAGAGGAAGUCAGUCUUGUCCAGGAGAGUGAUCCAGAACCAUCUCUCAGCUGCCACCUUAGCUCCGUACCCACAGACCUCAGAAAUGGAUCUGUCUCCUGCAGUUCUAAAAGUCAUUUCGGGACUCAGUUCAAACUGAGAACCAAUAGUGAGGCUACUGAGCACCUUAAAGACAUACCUAGGUUGUUAGAUGCUGCUGGACUUAUCGCACUGUCCUCUAGUAAAAGAAACUGCUUUACUUGUUCAUCUUCUGGCCUCAAGAUUCCUCAGGUGCAAGUUCUAUCCACAAGCACAGGCCAGUCAGUUGAGUUUUCAGGUUCACUUUGUGAAAAUAGUGCAGUAAAAAAGCUUCACCAUGGUCAACCUAAGCAGGUCCAGAAAAAAAGUAGUGCUGUUUUUGAUGGCUCAGGUGUUGAGAAGGAGUACUGGCCUUCUGACCCUGACUGCCAGGCCUCGGGGAAAAAUUUUUCUACUUUGCAUUCAGAAAUGGAGCUAGGUAACAAGCCACCAAGGAAGAAACGAGGCCGUUAUCGACAAUACAACACUCAGUUGCUAGAAGAGGCAAUUGUGGUGGUGAUGGAUGGGAAAAUGAGUGUGUCUAAAGCCCAGUCGAUCUAUGGCAUUCCACACAGCACCCUGGAGUACAAAGUUAAAGAACGAUUAGGAACACUGAAACAUCCCCCCAAAAAGAAGUUGAGAGUACUCCACCAAGUAGAGGAACAGUGUGGUUCCUGUUCCACUGAAAGCAACAGACUCCAAAACUCCCAACACAAAGUGUCUGAAUAAUGGCAUGAUACACUCACAGAGACUGGGGCCCAAAUGCAUGAUAGAGGUGUCCAAAUGUCUGACUUAAGAAUACGAUGGAGUACAGCACUGAUAUCGAUGUUCUUUUAACCAGAGUCAUGGUGUAUUUGAGACAGUGGUGACUACUGAUUUGUCUUUCCAUCUGUUUCUAAAUAAUAGUGUGAUAUUUAAAUUUCAUUUAUUGAUGUUAUUUAUUCAUCUUUGGUUCUUAAAUUCUUGUGUAUUUUAUUUAUAACUGUUAAACACUAAAACAGUGUCAGUGCACUAAGUGCUGUCUUCAGAAGGCACUACUGUUGUUUGCAUUUUAUGUAGGCUAGAUGUUGGAAAACCAUUUUUAGUUCUGUAAAUGUAUUCUUGACAACUGAAAGCAAAUGUUAUCACACAUGUACAAGUGGCGCCCCUUAGUGUCAAAACUAGUAAAGGCACUUGGCCAUAAUAAGUGAAGUGCAAAUUCAGACUUUACUCUGUAAAAUGUAAAAUCUUUGUUCACAGUUCUCUUAAUGCACUGCUGUGGUUGCAGUGACACUAGGAAACAAAUGUUUCCCAACACCAUGAUACCCUAAAUACACUAUUAAAUGGUCUCAGCCUCUGAGAAUAAGAAUGAAAUACAAACAC